AUGGGGGAGAAAGUUUCCGAGGCGCCCGAGCCGGUGCCCCGCGGCUGCAGCAGCCAAGGCGCCCGGACUCUCGUCCCUCCGGCAGCAGCCGUGUCCUCGGAGGGAGCUUCCUCGGCGGAGUCGUCCUCCGGCUCGGAAACUCUGUCGGAGGAAGGGGAGCCCGGCCGCUUCUCCUGCAGGUCUCAGCCGCCGCGGCCGCCGGGCGGCGCCCUGGGAACCCGGCUGCCCGCCGCGUGGGCUCCCGCGCGCGUGGCGCUGGAGCGUGGAGUUCCUGCCUUGCCGCUGCCGCCUCCCGGAGGAGCGGUACUGCCGGUACCCCGGGUCAGCAGCGCAUCCCAGGAGGAGCAGGACGAGGAGCUUGACCACAUUCUAUCUCCACCACCCAUGCCAUUUCGGAAAUGCAGCAACCCAGAUGUGGCUUGUGGUCUUGGAAAGUCGCUGAAGUAUAAGCGACAGCUGAGUGGGGAUGGGAAGCAGCUGCGGCGAGGGAGCCUGGGAGGAGCCCUUACUGGGAGGUACCUCCUUCCAAACCCGGUGGCAGGACAGGCGUGGCCUGCCUCUGCUGAGACGUCCAACCUCGUGCGCAUGCGCAGCCAGGCACUGGGCCAGUCUGCUCCCUCGCUCACGGCCAGUUUGGUGAGUGUCUUAUACGUGGUCAGAGUUGCCCUGGCCAUUAUGUCAGUGGGAUCUGUCCAGCUGCUUCAACUGUAA